AUGUCUGCCGACCCUAGGAGGCGACCAGCGCCUGCACAAUCUGCUCCCCGCCGCCACCUCCACCUCCCCCACCAGCAGAGGCCCAGCCAGACUCAUCUGUCCAAAGCUUGGAUGGCGCAAGUGAUCAAACUCCAACACAACAGGCGAAAGCCGAGGAUAGCUUCAAGCUGCGCUUCUGCACUGUAUGCGCCAGUAACAACAACAGCACACCUGCGCCUCGCCGGCAGUGCCCAACAGUAUCCCACCAUCUCCUUCGGCACUGGCUCGUUAGUCCGCCUGCCUGGUCCUUCCAUCACCCAACCCAACAUCUAUAAUUUCAACAACACUUCAUACGACAGCAUGUACCGCGAACUCGAAGGCAAAGACGCUCGCCUGUACCGCGCAAAUGGCAUCUUGCCUAUGCUCGACCGCAACAGAAACAUCAAAUGGGGUCCCGAGCGUUGGCAAGAUUGGAGAAUCGGAUACCCGCGUGUGGGCAAGAGAUAUGCCAACGCACCUAUUCCUGGUGAUCCUGUCUACACCAACGACAUGGGCGCUCAAGGUACCGAGUCAGGAACGGUAGAUAUCGUCAUAACUUGCGAAGACCGCUGCUGGGAAGCUGUCGUCGAUGACUUGCUGUCAAGAGGAAGUCCACUCAACCGCCCUGUUCAUGUCUUCAACGUCGAUAUUAAAGAUAACCACGAAGAAGCACUGGUCGGAGGAAGAGCCAUUCUUGAACUCGCUGAUGAGUUGAAUGCUGCUGCCCAGGAUGAGAGAAAGAUCCAUGCCGAGAAGACAGGCAGUACUGAGGGCUUUGACACUGCUACCGGAGGCUCAAGAGAUGGCUUUGAUGCUAGGGUGCCCAUCAUCCUCGGAGACUGGCAGGAGAGAUGGCCUCAUCUUCCUGCUCUGUGGACUCUGGCUUGGUUCUAG